UAGGCUGAUGCUUCGGACUACCUAAUCAUUUUCCCAAAUUCAUAUCUUCCUCACGAAUGUCACACACACCCACACAAAAACAAAAAGAGAGAGUGAUUGCAGUUUGAGAUAGUGGCAAUGGCGAGUGUUGUUGGAGAGGAAGUGAGCAACAAGCAAGUGAUAUUCAAGGACUAUUUCACUGGUUUUCCCAAGGAAUCAGACAUGUACUUGACCACAAGUACCAUAAAAUUGAAGGUUCCAGAGGGUUCCAAUGGUGUUCUUUUGAAGAAUCUCUACUUGUCCUGUGACCCUGUCAUGCGUAUCCUGAUGCAACGAGUUGUUCCUAAUGGAUUCUCCAAUUACACCCCUGGUUCUCCGAUAAAUGGGUAUGGAGUGGCUAAAGUUUUGGAUUCUGGGCAUCCAGACUUCAAGGCAGGUGACUUAGUUUGGGGGUCUGCUAGAUGGGAAGAGUAUAGCCUAAUCACAGCAACCGAAGGCCUCAGAAAGAUCACUCACAGUGAUGUACCCCUUUCCUACUAUACAGGACUUCUUGGUAUGCCUGGUAUGACCGCCUAUGCUGGUUUCCAUGAAGUUUGUUCCCCUAAGAAAGGAGAAUAUGUCUUCGUUUCAGCCGCAUCCGGUGCUGUUGGCCAGCUUGUUGGACAAUUUGCAAAAUUGUUGGGUUGUUAUGUAGUUGGAAGUGCUGGAAGUAAAGAAAAGGUUGAUCUAUUGAAAAAUAAGUUUGGAUUUGAUGAUGCUUUCAAUUAUAAGGAAGAGCAUGACUUGGAUGCUGCUUUGAAAAGGUAUUUCCCAGAGGGCAUUGAUAUUUACUUUGAGAAUGUUGGGGGUGAAACACUUGAUGCAGUGCUCCUAAACAUGAGAGUCCAUGGUCGCAUUGCUGUAUGUGGGAUGAUCUCACAGUAUAAUCUUGAUCAACCAGAAGGCAUAAAAAAUUUGAUGUGUCUCAUAUACAAACGCAUCCAUAUGACAGGAUUUACAGUUCGCGAUUACUAUCACCUUUAUCCCAAGUUCUUAGACACUGUGCUGCCUUACAUCAAAGAGGGGAAGAUAGCAUACGUAGAAGACAUAGCUGAAGGCCUUGAGAGUGGUCCAGCUGCCUUGGUUGGACUCUUUAGUGGUCGCAACAUCGGAAAACAAGUAGUUGUAAUUGCUCGUGAAUAAUUCUGCCUUGUGUUUUGUAUCUGCUUCUACUGUUGUUGGACUGAGUUAUCUGCAUAGUAUUACUUGUGUGCAGUGCCUUCUAGGUUGCAAAGAAGUGUUUGAAGUUGGCUCAAAUGGCUUAUUGGGUUCAAAAGAAUAAUAGUGUUGUGUAAAUCCUGUAUGUGAUGAGUGUAUACUCCUUUGAAUAGAUGGAAAGGAAGAGAAUUUGUGGUGUGGCAUUAAAUGCUUUGGUGUCUUUGUCCCCGUAACUUUUAUGUUUAUUGAUGUAAAGAGGAGAAGACAACGCAUUUGGCUUACCGUUGUCAUUGAGUAAGAAUUAGCAUCAUUCAGGUUGUUCCAUA